CAACCAUUCCCAUAUCUCCGGGAGUUGUCCACCCCAAGUCUACCAACUUAGUCAUAUGAGAAUGAUACCCUGCAAUUUAUUUCACGUGGUGCUGAUUAUUGGCCUCCUUAUUAAGCCGCAACUAGCGGAGGUGGCUGCCCUUGGCAAGUACGCUGGAUGGGAUAGUGACUAUCGCUUCUUUUGCAUUAUAACUGUGAAGAGCUCGUCUGAAAUGCAAACUACGGCCGACGUUGAGCUGGACAGGGGGAGUAAUCGGGCCGAGUGCGUCAACUGCCACUUCACCUACGGCUUAUCGAAAGUGUUCGGCAAGACUAAUGGAAGUGAGAACAAUGUCGAUCUACUCAGCCAAGUUGAUCUUAUUGCUCCGACGGGAGAUCCCACCACAGACUGUUUGAAUAAACUAGCGGAAACUAUCGGUGUGGGUGAUCAUUGUCGCUGGAAUGCAUACCCGCAUAAUGGUAGAAUGAUUCUUGACGGUUGCGGUUCACACUGGAGCAUAGCUCAUGUCAACUAAGAUAUCUUGAGUCCGUAGGCGCUGCUUCAGUUGUCGCUUAUUCAGACGAGGGUUCAUGAUUGAUCCUGUCUACUUUUCUCUUUUGUUUAGUCAUAAGUUAGGAGUCAUUAUUAAAUUUUAUGAGUCAUAACAUUUGAAAAUGAGUCAUUACCAGAUUUAUUUAGAAAUAGUCACUUAUGUGAUUACAAGAUAUGUCUGUGACGCGUCCGAUAUUCGAGGAGUCCGUAUUCUCGCAGCUCGUUACGUUUCGAGAGUCCUACGUACUUCAGGGGUUUUAUUUGGAUCUUAAUCUUCGGUGUAUCCCGUCACUAUUAUUCCGAUAUGAAUACGAGUCCAAGUAG